UGCGAGGCACGAAACGUCCGAUAUUUAAGAGCGGAAUAUUGCGGGAAAAAAUUAUCAGUCUUCGGUGAUCUGCUCGACAUCAACUUGCUUCUUCUAGCUCUUAAUUUGAUUACCAAUUUUUAGGAAAAUGAAAGUUACUCUUCGUUGUCUCAUUCUUUUCGGUGUUGUGGCCGCCCUUCAUGCAGCUGUGAUUAGUCAAGAUGAAUCUGAUGACGAAUCCAAAGGCGAACAGUAUCGCGAAAAACGUGGAUUCGCCAGCGGUGGAGGUGGAUACGGAGGCGGUGGCAGUUCUGGAUACGGGGGUGGAGCCGGCGGUGGAGCCGGUGGGUACGGAGUAGGUUAUGGUGGUGCUGCAGCUAUCGCACAGGAAGCCGCCAACGCAGCCAAAGCAGCCCAGAAUGCUCAGGCUGCUGCUGCAUCUCAGGCCGCCCAACAAGCACAGGCUACCCUUGCUGCACAAGCCACUCAAGCCGCCCAGCAAGCCCAGGCCGUCGUAGCCGCCAAACAGGCCCAAGCUGCCCAGAUCUCCCAGGCCGCACAAGCCGCACAGGCUGCUGCUUUCGCUGAAUCCGCACAGGCCGCUCAAGCCGCCCAAGCUGUUCAGGCUGCCGAAGCCACUAAGGUCCAGGCUCUUCAACAAGCUCAGGCUUUGGCCGCUGCUGCUAAAGCUGCCCAGUCUCACGCUGCACAGGCUGUUGCCUCCCUCCAAGCCGCUCAGGCCCAACAAGCUUCCCAAGCACAAAUGGCCUACCAGGCUCAAGCAAACGCCCAAGCUUUGGCUUACAAACAACAAGCUUCACUGGCUGAUUUAGCAGCUGCCCAGCAAGCGGCCAACAAGGCCUACUCGGCUGCCCAAGCUGCUCAAGCCACAGCUGUUGGUGGUGGUGGAUCCUACGGUGGAUUUGGUGGAGGAUAUGGUGGUGGACAUGGUGGCUGCCCGGCUUGCUAAACUUCUGUACCCCGAAACAGUCCACUUGAUAUAACUCACCUUGGAUAACCUGCUUACCAAGAAUGUUAAAUGUUUACGUCUAAUGCCUGUUAAGAUUGUAGAUCAAUCUGUUCUCCAUAGAUUCGGUGUGUUGUCAGAGUUUCAAGGAAAUACAUUCACUGUGCUCGCUUGAA